GCCGCGCGUUCUCUGCCGCGGAGGGCGGCUGCGGAGCUGCGGGCGCCGACCGGGGGCCGGGGCGCUGACAGCCGCCCGCCGCCGCCGUCGCGCCGUUACUCAGCACAACCGGCACCCCUCCCCCGCCGGCCCGGCGUUCGAGCGGCGGCAGUUGGGGAAGCGCGGGGCCGCGCGCGCCGCCGCGCGGAGCGCCCGGUGCAGACUAGAAGAUGAAUAAUCUUUCCUUUAGUGAACUGUGUUGCCUGUUCUGUUGUCCACCAUGCCCAGGGAAAAUUGCCUCCAAACUGGCAUUCCUACCUCCUGAUCCCACGUACACACUGAUGUGCGAUGAGAGUGGUAGUCGCUGGACUUUACAUCUCUCAGAGCGAGCAGACUGGCAAUAUUCUUCUAGAGAAAAAGAUGCCAUUGAGUGCUUCAUGACUAGAACAAGUAAAGGUAACAGGAUUGCCUGUAUGUUUGUGCGUUGCUCGCCUAACGCCAAGUAUACUUUGCUCUUCUCACAUGGAAAUGCUGUUGACCUAGGUCAGAUGAGUAGCUUUUACAUAGGACUGGGUUCACGGAUUAAUUGCAACAUAUUCUCAUAUGAUUAUUCUGGAUAUGGUGCAAGUUCUGGGAAGCCAACAGAGAAGAAUCUGUAUGCUGACAUUGAUGCUGCUUGGGUGGCUCUUAGGACAAGGUACGGAAUCCGCCCUGAAAAUGUGAUUAUAUAUGGCCAGAGUAUAGGAACAGUACCAUCUGUGGAUCUUGCUGCUAGGUAUGAAAGUGCUGCUGUAAUUCUUCAUUCUCCACUGACCUCAGGAAUGCGAGUAGCUUUUCCUGAUACAAAGAAGACCUAUUGCUUUGAUGCAUUCCCAAACAUUGACAAAAUUUCUAAAAUAACAUCUCCUGUGUUAAUAAUCCAUGGGACUGAAGAUGAAGUAAUUGACUUUUCACAUGGCCUAGCAUUAUUUGAGCGUUGCCAGAGACCUGUAGAACCACUGUGGGUAGAAGGAGCAGGCCAUAAUGAUGUGGAACUCUAUGGACAGUACCUUGAAAGGUUAAAACAGUUUGUGUCACAGGAACUGGUGAACUUGUAAUUUUCUUUGUAUAUUUACAUGCUUUUGCAUUUCACUGCGGAACUGCACACCUUGAUAAAUACAUAACAUAAAACCUGAAAGUUGUGUUUUCAAAUCAUCCUGGUUGCCUUCAUUAAAUGUACAGGUAAUGAUUUGUCAACAUAAUUAAUGAAGGUUUUAAUGCCAGUAUUAUAAACUGGAAUUACAUGAUCAUGCAGUCAAGCUUGGAAGUUCAUAUUACUUUGUGUGAGGUUUUUCUUUUCUUAGAUGUACAAAAAAAAAAUCACAAGGAGUACUGUAUGAAAUUUUAAUUAUAUAAAGUCAAAUGCUGUAAAAGUUGCCAAAUGCUUUAGCAUAUCAAAAACAAGUUUAUAAAUAUUUUUUAAACAUCUCAAAAUGUACUGUGACUUACUCUGUUGCACAGGUGUAAAUUAAAAACCAGACUUCUAAGCAGUUGUUCUGUAAAAAUGUAAUAGCCAUGAAAUCUGAGCAAAUACUAACGUAUCUAAUAAGAAUAGACAGUCACUGGAAAUGACCCAUGCCCUGUUAUAGGGGGAUGGAGUCAAAAUAGAUCUGUUUUUCCAUAUUUUUCAUAUCUUUUGUGCUUAGUUUACUUUAGUUCUUUUGUUCUUGUGUUGCCCCUUACCUUUCAGGUCAAACAAAUUUACCCACUCAUCUUCUCAGCAGUCCUAAUCUUGCCAAAAUAAUGCCACAAGUUAUCAUUGUUGUAACGUAAAUAUCACUCACAUGAUUACUACUUAGGCCACUAAGUACUUCUUUGAAAUCGGUAAGACUUUUAGAACCUAGACGGCUUUGUGGACAACCUAGUUAUAAGCAUUGAUUGCAUAGAGAUGCAAUAUUUCAUCAAAAGAACCUGGAAGUUCAUCCAACUCUGUAAUAAACAAUUUGCAAGUUUGCAGUUAUCUGAUCAGGCUCUACUUUUGGAUGUUUAGUGUAAAAGCUUGUUGGUUUUUUUGAGUAUUGUAUGGAAAUUUUAUUACUCACGCCUGGGUGGGGUGGGGGGAGGGGCAAGAAAAGAAUGUUGACAUUUUUCUAUUAACUCAUAGUAAAAUAAACUUUGUAAGCUGCCUUUCCCUUGAAUGCAUUUUGCGUGAAUAAAACUGAAAAAUAAACUUAAUUAUAUGUAGCCUAUUUGUAAACAAAGUAAUAUUCCAACAAUACACACUGUGCUUCUAAUUUAAAGGCCUUAUGUAGUUUAAUUGUUCUGCUUGUUUUUUGUGAUUGAGACUAUUGUAUACUUAAAUGUAACUUCAAGUAUUGUGAAAACUUUGAUUAAGAUGUGUUGAUUAACAGUAAACAAUAUUCCAUAAACUUGCUGUUCUUCCUUUGUUUUUUUAAAAGAAAUAGCAACGGUUGCUUGCGAUAUCAAAAAAUAAGCAACUCCCCAUUUACUCUAUGAAAUCUGAGAACUAAAGCAGUAACCCAUUGUUACCAAUUGUUGGCACAUUUCUUUAUCAGCAGCUAAGCUACUGUUCUGAUCACCCUUCCAUCCCCAUGCCUUAUCUUACUUCUUUCUGCUGUUCAGCAUACAGGUUUUCUGCUGCAGAGCUACUUAUAAACAUUCUUCUGUAAUGAAUUCAAAUUUAGCUUUCUUUGAAAUCAUCAGUGACAUCUUGCCUUGUGCUCUUUGGUUUGGUAAAUGAAUAGAAAGAAAUUUGAAUUUGUUCUCCAGCAAUUGGGUUCUUGUUUGUCUUUGUGAUCAAGUAUGCUUCAGUGUGUUCUGAACUUCAGAGUAGUAUUCAGGCACAAUAAUAUUAGACUUGAAGAUUUUCAUCCUAAUCCAAGAUUUUGCAACUGGAAGUGUGCUUAAAUAGAUAUGUAACUCAGCUUUAUUACAUCAUACUGUAUACACAGUUUGAUUUAAUUUUCUUACUACCUUCCAGCCACUAUCUCUGAUUUAGAUGGAAAUUGUUACCAUUAGGUAUUUAAGUGCUUUCUUUGUGAUGAAUGAAGUCCGUUUUGAGUGUCCUCUUCAGAAAUUCACAAAUAAAGAAUGCAGAACUGCAGCGGUAAGUGAUACAGACUGGCUGAUAGUACUGCACAUGGCAGGCAAAUGAUCAACUGUCAUCACAAGAACUAUCAGAUUGUGCUAGGGAAUAUUAUGGCACCCUGUAAUUGAAAAGACAGAAAAGGUGGCAUAGCGGUUUUGCUGCUUUUGUUUGUGUUUUGUUGAAGCAGAACAAAAGGCCUGACUAACAGAGUUUUGUCUUCAGCAGAUGCAGCUGUGCUGGAUUACACUGGUGAGUAAGGGUUCUGAUCUCUUUGGGACCACUUAUGCAUGGUUAAUUAUUGCCAGUUUGUUCUGAUUUGUAUUUUACACCUAGAUUUUUCAGAUUAGUUGUUUGUUGAAGGAAUUAAAAUUGGUUUUAGGAACAGCCUAACUUGUGUUAAGAAUCAUAUUAUGGCAACAGACUUGUUACUGACAUAAAGCAACUCUGAACUAUUGGAGCUGGGAGGAAAACAUUUGACGUGGUUGUCUUGUCCUUAAAUCAUCAUUUUGGUGAAUUUGACAAUGGGCUGUUGUUUUAUGUUAUAAAUGCAAUUGUCUCAUGAUAAAUAAGAGUUGAUUCAGCAUUCAUUAACAAGACAAUAUCUGUAUUUUAGGGAAAAAGAAAAGAGCAUUUUAUGAACCACGUGGUCUGAUUCCUUCUUUUUUUUUUUCUUUGAGACAAAUAUUUGAUAGUAAACUGUCUUUUUCAGUUCUGGAAACCUUGGCAAAUCAACUUUAAAAUGAACUUCAUUUAUGUAAAAUAUGAGAUCACCUUCUGAAGGUGGGGUCUUUUGGAACAUGUUUUGCUGUCUUACAUUCCUACACACAUUAAUGUGUACAUUAAAAAAAAAAAAACCACCACCUCCCUCCUCUCUACUGUCUGCUUGUGGCAGCAAAGAAUUCUAGUGUAUGUUCAAUUACCUACUCUUAUUGACUGAUUUCAAACUUGCUUUUCUUUUUCAAGCUUUUUUUUUAGUGAAAAAAAAUUUGCAUGUUUACUCUUGGGCUCUUUUAAUUGGAUGACAUUGUGCAGCAGGGCUAGCUACUUGGUACCUUUUACUAUGGAAUAUUCCAGGUCCUACAGAUACAAAUUCUUCUCACUAUACAGUAGGCAUUGUUAAUAUAUUAAAGAAAAAAAUGACAAAAAUAGCAUUUCUGAACCAGUGGAAAAAGCAUCCUGUGUAAGUAGGGGUCUGAUCACUUGAAAGCAGCUUUGCAGAAAAAGAGUUGGGCACCCUGCUGGACAAAAAGCCAACCAUGAGCCAGCAGUGCAACCUUACGGCAAAGACAACCAACAGCAUCCUGGGCUGCAUUAAGCAGAGACUUGCCAGCAGGUCAAGGGAGGUGGUCGUUCCCAUCCACUCACCACUGCGAGCGGAGGCACAUCUGGAGUGCUGAGUCCAGUUCUGGGCUCUCCAGUCUAAGGAAGACAUGGAUGUACUGGAGCAAGUCCAGUGCAGGGCCACUGCUACGAUUGAAGGACUGGAGCAUCUGUCAUAGGAAGAGAGAUUGAGAGAGCUGGGGCUGUUCAGCCUGGAGAAGAAAAGGUUUGGGAGGAUCUUUCACCAUGUGUGUGAGUAUCUGAUGGAAGAAGGGAGUGGAGAGAGCUAGACUUUCCCCAGUAGUGCCCACUGAGAGGACAAGAGGCAAUGUGCACACACUGAAAGACAGGAAAUCUAAUCUGAAUACCAGAAAACAACUUUUUUUUUUCUGUGAGGGUGGUCAAACACUGGAACCAACUGUGGAGGUGCCAUCUUUACAGAUAUUCAGAACCCAGCUGAGCACAGCCCUGAGGAACCUGCUGUAGCUGACCCUGCUCUGAGUACAAGAGUUGGACUAGAUGAUCUCAAGGGGUCCCUUUCAACCUCAGCCAUUCUGUGGUUUUGUGAAUUAUGGCAUGCAAAUCCUUUAGAUGGUUACCACUACACAUAUUUUUGUGCCAUCACUGUACACCAGCUCAGAAGUGGAGACUAUUGAGUUACAAGAAUUAUCUUAAUUUAGUGCUCCCUACUUUUGAUGGGUUAUUUUUCAGCAACAGAAAGCAACAAAAAGUCUGCUACGGAAAAAGCUCUUUAUCUCUUCAUCCUGAGACUAUCACUGUUCGAUGUGCUGUUGCUGAGACUGACUGUAAUACCAAAAUUUAUACCUCAGGCAGUGUCAUCAGAGAACAUAUUGCUACCCUACUACAAAAGGAAGAUUGAAAAGCUAGAUGUAAAGUAUAGGUAUGUUAUCCUGAAAAGAGAAAAAGUACCUGAAAGAUGUCUUAAACAUUCUCAAAAGUGGGAAUGUUGCAUUCACAACUAUUAUCCUAUGUGCUUGGCAAGCAGCAGAGGAGACUGAAUGGAGAUAGGGUUAGUUUGGGUUGUUUUAAUAAAAUUAGUUAAUAAAGCUUGUUCUACUUCACUUGAAUAGUGUUUGUAAAACAAAAAUGAGAUGUUGUUUAUAUUGUCAUUGGGCAGGGGGGUUCAUGAGCUACUAACUGUGCAUCAGGCUUGCUCCCCUUCACUUAAACAGUUCACAUAACAUUUGACUGUUUCCAAUUGUUAAAAGUUAGUGUGAAAACCCAUUGAGCUUAAGUAGCACCAGAUUGAAAUUUCAGCAUGAAAUAGUCUUAGAAUGCUAACAUAUGGAACUUCUUAACCAAUUUGUGUUGAGAGAAUACUAAUUGUAAAACAGCCAUAGAAAGAAACAAUGUUUCCCUGUGAAGAAAUUCCAUUGUAUAAUGAUAAUAAUAAAUACUAUAGUAUACUUUCUUCCUUUUUUUUUUUUUUUUUUUUUAUUUUUCAUGUAAGACCUCUUGAUCUUUCUGUGAAAGGAGGUAAAAUUCUGGUGUAUUUCUAAUAAAAUGGCAAGGAAAAUGCUUGAGGACUAAGAGGAUAGUGUAAAAGAAAUGUUCUUAAAAACUGAUUAUUCUGCCACCGAGGAAGGGGACAACCUUAAAAAAAGUAUCUCAGCAUCAACUUUUCCCUAGAGGUAUUAGUAAGGUAUCUUAGUCUGAUAAUAUAUUUCAAAAUAAAUAGAAAACCUCAAAAGGGUUUUGUCGCCUAGAAGAGGUUUUGUGGUUGGUACAUGAGGCAUUAUACAAAUGGUUGUAACUUUAAUGUUUCAUUUUCAAAUUUUUUUUGCUUACAGAGGGCACAUAGUUUUCUAAGCUUCAGCACUGAAGAGAAGACAUGGAGGAGAUAUUACUGAAAAUGAAAUAGUCAAUUUACCUUCCUAUUAUGCUAGAAGCUAUGCGCAUCUCAAGUAGGUAGCUGUGCCUUGUCUCCUCCUAGAGCAUAGGGUAUACCUGUAUGAAUGGCAUCAGGCUUUCAUACUGGGACAUUUUUUUCUUUCAAUACCACAAAGCCACAAAUGUUUUUGCCCUAAGUUUUCUUCUGGAGUCAGGUAAGUAGUGGAUUUACUGUGUUGUUCUAAAACAGAAUUAUACCAGGUAUCCAAAUAAGACUGAAGCUAGAACAGCAUUUUAAGUAAUCUGAUCAGUAACUCAUCUAGUACCUCGAAGACAUGUGACGGCAGUGCAAAUCUUUCUCAAGCAUAUUAAGCAUUGCAAAGGUCCUUGGUUGGGCAAGUCACCUCCUUUUAAAGAUCACAGUCUAAGUACACUUUAAAUGUAAAAGAGUUGUAGGCCAUCCUAAGGAGAGCAAGGAGAUUGUGGACUCAAAAUCACCAGCAGCUUUGUUAGAGCAUUACUGAUUUGGAGUUACAUAUGUUGCAUUGUGAUUUUGCCCCAGAUCUUGAUUAAAAUAAGUUUGCUAGGUCCAUUUGCUAGAUGCUGCACAGUACUUGGAACAGAACUGCGCUGGUCACUGGUUUGAAAUGGCUUCCCAGGAUGGUGCUAUUUUGUUAUGUUAAUGGCAAUGUUUUUAUUCCUUAGAAGCAUACUGACAAAAGAUUUGGGUAAUAAAACCUAAGUGCUGACAAGAGGCAUUGUGGUUUUCAGACCUUUCUGCUACCCAAGAUGACAUGUGAUGGUGCUAAAUAUAUAGUUUACUUCUUUAUUUAGUAUUUGGCCAACUCUUGUAGUAUGCUGUACAAAGAAGGGCAAAGUAUUGCAUGGUUUACUUACCAGAAUUUCGUUUGCAUUGUAAUAUCAGUUAUAGUUAGCAACAAGCUUGAAUAAAAGCCGCUACUUGUCAGAGGUUUUGUGGCCACUCAAGUGGUGUAACACAGACCUUAUGCUUGUAGCCAGAACAGGAGGAUAGACGAAGAAUACAGUCUUGAAAAGUUGUAUGAAUUCCUGUUCUGCUGUAGUGGUAGAACCCAGCACUCCCAGUUUGCCCAUCAUAGCAUGUGUGUAAUAGAUAACCUGUUAUUUAUGAUUCCUAAACAAAAAGAAUUGGAGUCAUUCUAAAAGUUAGGAUGGUAUGUAGGCUGUAUUUUAUGUGUUUCUCUGUAGUCACAAAGGCUAAUGGGUUCUGUUUUAAGUGAAAGUUGAGAUUCACUUGUCAGUAGGUAGAGCUCAUCAGAGACAUGAAAUAUCAUAAGGCGUGAUAAAAGCAUGAGGACUGGCAAAUCUGAAUGUGCAGUCCUGGAGGCAUCUCCAGAAUAAUGCAGAUAAGGUAAAUGUUAAAUCUAAGCCAUGAUAAUUUCAGAUUGUGCUGUUACAAUGCAUUAUUGUUAUGCUAGGUUUUCACUUAGUAACAGCAAGGAGAUGCAUUUUACAUAAGGCAUUGUUCAUGAAUAACAAAAGCACAUUGUAUUUGUCCAUGACACUCUGAUCUGUGACAUUUAUGCUUGCUUUCUACAGAAAUUUUCAUGAACAGAUUUGUUUAUAUGGAUGUUUGGGGAAUAGUUACUCUAAAAAAAACCAAUCAUAUAUGAACAAGAGUGUUCAUAUGUGAACAAAGUAUUGUGAUUCAUUUCUGGUGAUUUUCUUCAUCAGUGUUCAACAGCUGUUCUGGGUCAAUUUGUCUCUCCCUUUCUGUGUGGUAUGUGAGGACUUGGCCACCCAUGAGAAUGUAUGUGUUUACCUGUAAUUUUGUUGUUCUUUUAUUUAAAAUUUAUCACUUGUUCUGAACUGUAAUUAGUACUGUGUGACUUCAGUGAACAAUUGGAUUUUAUAAAUAACCAGGAAUCAUUAAGGUAUAGGUGUGUGUUUAAGUAUUUGAUUAAUAUUUUUAAAUAUACACAUUUUCAUAUAUCACUGUCAGUGCACAGAAGACUCUGUUAGAUAUAAAGCUGUUGUAUAAUUGUAUAGUUUCUUUGGAAUCAAUUGUGUGAUCAUUUAUGGUAGCCAAGGAUUUGAUUCUUAUUCAUAGUGAAUGAUUUAACUGGCUGCAGUGCUUUUCUGUGCUUCCUUUUUAUAGUUCAUACGGUUGUUUUCCUGUUACAUAGGUCUAAUUAAAGAAGCAAUGUAGUUAUGAUAAUGGGAGCUGAUCCACUCCAUUAGGUUUCCAUGAAACAUACAGAUGUCUGUUUCCACAUCUAAAUUUUACAUUAUUGCGGCUUUCUGCACUAUGUAGACUGCAUGUAGAGCAACAGCAUAUGGGUGCACAAUAAAGUUUUUACUUAAGCAAA